AUGGAGAAUUUCACUCAUGCUAAAGCACCCUCCACGAUGAGCUCAUAUGGACGAUUUGUUGUGGCAGACACUGCUGACACCACUAUGCCUCCAGAUAUUCUACCGUUACCGUACCAAGUUCUCUACAUUCUAUUGCCAACAGUCAGUGUAGUGGGGAAUGGAUCUAUUGUAUACGUCACUAUACGAUCAAACAUUGACGGCCAUCGAGUCAAGACCAACAUUUGUAUCAACCUGCAGCUGGCACCAAUCUUCGCCUCAUGCUUCUCGUUGGUGCUUCUGCUCAACGUUGCCAUAGACAGACUGUUAUCCUUAUUCUCGGCCUACGAAGCACUAGUAGCUCGACAUCGUAAAUAUUACUUGGCUGUCCACAUUCUACCAGUUACAUUCUUCGUCUACUACGCUAUAAGCACGAUGUACGGCAGCGUUGGAAAAUAA